UCAGUCUGAUACACCAACUCUCUGCUUCCCUUCCCUUGAAAAUGGAGUAUAAAAAUUUUAGGAAAAUGAUGAGUAAAUUUUUGGCAGCACAAAGCACGAUUAUACUCUCUCUAUCAGUAGUUUCCUUAAUCUUUUCGAAUUCAGAUUGCUUUUUUGCUUGUUUGAGUUCUUUGAAGUUGUACUUCUCUACAUAUCCAUUCCAUCUCCUGGGCCUUGCCUUAAACAAAAACUGCAUAUUUCUCAUUUGCAAUGGGCUGGUGAUGUUUUUUGCAAAAACCUCUGGCGGCUCGAUUCAUCCUUCCUCUGGUUCUGAUGUUAACGAGUUAGUGCAUAAAAUGAUUGGCGAUAGUUUGCAGCCAUCUCUCGAGACAAAAGGACCCACCUUGUUGAUCAAAGAUGCGAUGGACGUAGAUUGUACCGAUAAUGAAGAAAACGAAGAACUAGAGGAAGAAAAUGAAGCAGAAGCGUCAGAAGAAGAAGAAGAAGAAGAAGUGGAUGAACGCUCUUAUGAAGAUGAAAAGAAACUCACAAACUCGGUUAUGGAAGAUUCAGAAGGCGACGGCCAUGGUGACGAAGGAGGGGAAAACGAGUCCGAAAUUGGGUUGUUCUUUGAAGAAGAAGAAGAAAGCAUGGAGCUGUUGAGUACAGAAGAGUUGAAUAAGAAGUUUGAAGAUUUCAUACUGAAGAUGAAGGAAGAUGUCAGGAUGGGAAGCUCGACACCAACUAAUAUUGGUCAAGUACAUUAUAAUUAUGAUAUUAAUUUGUAUGACAAGAAUUGGCCUAUCAUAACAGUCAAUUAAUUUCUUUUCUUUGGUAGAAAACUAUUAGGCUUCUGAAAUUUCUUAGUUUUUUUAUGGCCAAUGUAUUAAUUCUAUGUUGGAUUAAUUACAUUAACCUGAUAUA